AUGACUAAAUAUAUAUGUGCAUCUAUGUAUACCUGUACAUAUAUAUUUCCUUCGUUCUUAUUCCGUUUUGGGGUUUUAAACAAAAAAAAAAAGGGGAGAGAGAGAAAAAAAAGAAUCAUGCGAUAUUAUCCCAGCGGUAAAGACCGUGACUCCCACAUCUCAGGGGUGCGUCCGGGCGGCAAAUUUGGUGCACUGCACGAUGUUAACAAGCGUCGGGACAUCUUGCCAGAGCACGUCUUUGCCACGAUCCGUGACCAGGUAAUUCAAGAAGAACGCCUGCGGCUGUUGGACGAAGAGGCGCGAGCUCAUGUAAAGUUGCUUUUGGCUUCCGGCAAAAAUGGGAAGCGCAUGGCGGGUGGCGCCGCCGGAGAUGAGCGCCGGGAGCUGGAGCGAGUGGAAAAAGUAGAGGCGAUCCAUGCGCGGCACCGAGCGUUGUUGGAGUUGUAUUCCUUGGAGAAGGAGCAGUGGAGGGCGGAGCUGGAGCACCGUGGCUUGUCGAUGGAUACGUAG